AUGGUCCGGGCCAUAUUCAAGGGCAAGGUUCUUGCCACCGCCGGGUCGAUGCCAGGCCAAUUUACCGAGGAGAAUAUCACGAAGUGGACUGAGCUUCGAGGGGGGAGCUUCUCUCAAGAACUGGAUGAGAGGGUCACGCACCUGCUCUGUACGAAAGAGCAGCUCGAGAAGCGGGGUCCACGAGUUCAAGCGGCGCUUAAGACGUACAAGAGAGUCCACCUUGUCGACAUUGACUGGUUUAACCUCUCUUGCCAGGCAAACAAGAGAGAGAAGGAACGUGCGCACGAUCUUCGGUCGUUCCUCAAGGAGAAGAGAAAACGAGAGAGACGGCUUGCGCAAUAUGCAAAGGGGGAAGAUCAGGACGGCAAGUUUGUCAAUACGAAUCUCUUCCACAUAUACCGGGACGAAAACAACUUCCCGUACGAGGUCACCAUCACAAGGGAUGAUGAAGAGACUGGAAAUACUGCUCUUCGAAUCAAAUGCCAAACCAUCCCUCUACUGGUUUGCAGCCAAGUUCUACCGGAGGCCAAGGGACAACAAUCCAAGUUAUCAUCGACCAACCACCUGCUCAGGCCUCAAAGACGACCAGCAACAACUCUUUACAUCCUUUUUCGAGAAGAAGACUGGAAUCAGCUGGGAGGACCGCCUCUCAGAUUCCAAGACAAGGCCAAAGUCUUUCUUCCAAUAUACACCACCUCCAAGGUGAUCGUUCUCUUCAUCUUUGCUGAAUUCCCGAAGAGUUCCAUGGAAGGAGAGCCGGGAGGACUCGUCUCCCCAGGACAUCGACCACGAGGCGAAAAAAGGGCCUUCACCCCAUCUCCCGCUACAGCCCAAUCCACUUCUUUAUGCUGGAAUCCUCUGACCAAACAGCUCGACAUCCAGGAGGCCAAGGAAAUAAUCAAAAGGAUGGCCAAGGACGAAGAGUCCUGA